AGCAGUGUUUUUGGCUCAAUGCUGUUGCCAGCGUGAUGCGCGCGGCAGAGGAAGCCCCUGCGAGGCGCCAUGAGGCGAGUCCUCGCCGCGCUGGCCGCGGGAGCAGCGCCAGCCACGCUGGCCACGGGAAGCAGCAGCAGCAGCAGCAGCAGCAGCUCGGAAGCGCCUGUUGACGCCGAGACCUGCGUCUGGCCGCAGUGCACCACCAGGUGCGGCGUCAAGUGCGACUACAGCCCCGUUGGCUCCUGCGCAGCGUCGCUCGUGACCCACACCUUUCCGGGAUGCGCGGCCUACCGCGGCUCCACCGAGUGCUUCAUGGGCAAGUGCCUCUGCCAAGAGGGCUUCUGCGCCUCUGCGGACGACGGGGAGUCCUGCGAGCCGGAGGUGUGCAUCGAGGGCGCCCUGGCCCCGCGGUACGAGAAGACGGACUGGGUGAGGACCUUCUUCAACCUCGCCUCGAGCGACAGCUUCCCGCCGCCCGGCACCACGGAGCACGAGGCGGGGGUCUUCCUGCGGGCGAACGCGCUGUGGCCCGCCGUCCUCGUCGCGCUGGGGCUCGUGGUGGGGACGGUGACCUUCGUGUGCCUCUGCUGCAGCCCCGGCAUGAGCGAGGAGACGCCUGCGCGCGCGCGCGCUCGCCUGCCUGCCACGGUUUGUGCCAAGGGGAUCCCCAGAGAGCUGGUGGCGCCGCAGGUGUGCGGGGGCGAUGGAGCUCUGGCUUUAGGUCGGGCGGUGGAGCUCCUGGCUUCAGGCUCGGGCGUCGAGGUGUUUGCUGGGGCGCUCCUGGACCCCGUGGAGGGCGUGUCGACGCCGGAGCAGCUGCUGGAGCGCUGGGGCGGCUUCGUGGGCGCCAGCUCGCGGCUGCUGGCGCGCGAGCGGGCCCACUUCUCGGCGCGCCACAGGAAGGGCAGACGGCGCGCAGCAGCCUCGGCCUCGCGCCUAGGUGAGCGGCCCCUCGCCGCCGGCGCGUGCGCCUCCGCGCGCGCGCUGGCCGCGCUGGCGGCCUCGCUGCGGGCGGCGCGCGCCUGCGCGGCCGCGGCGCCGCCGCUCUGCCAGGCGCUGGCGCGCUUCGGGGAGGCGGCGCGCGCGGAGCCCGCGGAGGCCACGUCGCAGGUGCCCGCCGCCCUCAUCGCCGAGUUCGCCGAGCUGCUGCCCGCCCUGGCCGACGCGCGCCGGCUCCUGGACCGCGUCGCCGAGGUGGCGGAGCAUCUGGUGCGCCAGCUGGUCGGUUUCCAGGGUGCGUCGUCCAGCGGCCGGGAGCUGGGCCAGCUGCCAGUGCGCCCGGUGCUGGACGCCCUCGGAGACGUGCUGGCGGUGGCCGCGACCAUGGACGGGGUCGUGCUGGAGAACCAGGAGACCCUCCGCAACGCCCACCUCAAUUUCAGCUGGAUCGUCAGCAAGGCCUCCGGCGGGCUCCUGGAGCUGCCGCCCGAGGCCGCGGUGCAGCUUGGCGUGGAGCUCCGGGAGGCCGAGCCGCUGAUGCGGGGCGACGCCUUCCGGGCCUGCACGGCCCGCGCCGCGGAGGGCCUGGCCGGGCUCGCGACGGAGCCGUCGGGCCUCAAGCUGCGGGAGGAGGCCUUGGCCUACUUCGCUACGCGGCUGAAGGACCGGCCGGGCGAGGAGCUGGCGUCCUCGGGCCCCUCCUCGGGCGCGCAGAGGUGCCUGCUCCUCGCGCUGCCCUCCGAGGCGCUCGUGCCAUGGGUGUGCGCCUGGGUGCUCUUCGCCUCGGCCUGGGAGCCCAGCCGCAGCGACGCCAGGCUGAUGGCCGACGUCUUCCGGGCCCACAAGCGCUCCCCGUUCCUGGUGCUCUUCGGCCGGGUGGUCUGGUGCGUCGGGGAGUUCCUCCAGGCGCACCUGCCGGGGCUGGUGGACUCUGGGCUCCGGCGCGACCUGGAGGAGAUCCGCGGAGCCCGAGGCCACGCGCAUGGACGACGGCCUCUUCGCGCAGGAGGUGCGGGCGCACGCGCCCAAGGUCCAGGCCUGGCUCGCGGGCCUCCGCGUGGCCAGCGGCGCCGGCAGCGUCGGGCAGGUCCUGAAGGACUCGACGAGCACCGCACCCUCCUGCGGGGCCUGGUCUACGCCCGGCGCCUCCGCGCCGUGCUGGAGGAGUACCUGGUCCUCCACGUCUGCCAGGGCGUGCCCGUGCCGCGCCGCGGCGUGGAGCCCGUGGGCCUGGCCCUGCGGCUGCUGAAGGCCAUCGAGGCGGGGCGGCGGGCGCCACAGUCGCUGCGCCAGGCGCUGGACGCCGUGUCGGCGGCUCUGCACGAGGUGGUCGCCAGCCCCACGCCCGAACUGGCCGCUCCCCACCUGGACGCGGGGUCCCUGGCGCUCUGCUGCGCGGGACUGGGGGAGGCGGGCGGCAGCGCGCUGGGAAGCGCCUGGCGCGAGCUCGGCAUG